AUGAGUGAACCCAUCCCCGAGACCCCGCUGGUCCAGGACGAGUAUGAAUUGUGGAAAAAGAACUGCCGCUACAUGUACGAGUUCGUCCUGGAGACCGCUCUUACGUGGCCGUCGUUGACGGUGCAAUGGCUCCCGCAGCACUCGACCAACGCCGACAACAACAUCGAUGCCCGCGUGUUGCUAGGCACCCACACCCUGGGCCAGGACCAAAACUACCUCAAGAUCGCCUCUACCGAGCUUACUAGUGACGCUAAUUUAGCUAGUGGUGGCCCCAAAGCCAAUGCCCGCAUCAAAGUGGUGAAGAAGUUCGCUAACGACGCCGAGAUCAACCGCGGGCGUGUCCAGCCCCAGGACCCUAACGUGAUUGCUACGAUUAAUGGUAACGGUGAAAUUGAUGUCUACAAUACGGAAACUGAUACUCGUAACCACUUCAUUCCCCACACCGAGAACGGGUACGGGUUAUCGUGGAACCGCCAUAAGCAAAACUGGCUCUUAUCGGGGUCCGACGACCGCUCGGUGGCCGUGACCGAUACUUCGCUUGCCUCCGAUAAGUCUACUAUCGUCAAGGUUGCUGACUCUCAUACUGAUAUCGUCAACGACGUGCUGUGGCACUAUUUCGAUGCUGAUGUGUUCGGUUCCGUCAGUGACGAUAAGACGGCCAAAUUAUGGGAUCUGCGUACACAAAAGUCAACUGCGCAAUUUGAAGUUCCCGACUCUCAAGGGAUCAAUACCAUUGGCUUCCUGCCAUUCUCUCACAACUUAUUUGCCGUGGGUAAUGCCAGUGGUACCAUCUCGGUGUUUGACCGGCGCAAACCGGGCCAGUACCCGCUCCACUCGAUGAUGGGCCACUCCGAGGCGAUCAACAUGUUGGAGUUCUCCCCUCACAACGACGGUAUCAUUGCCCUGGGGUCACUGGAUCGCAGAGUGAUCAUCUGGGAUUUGUUCAAGAUUGGCGAAGAACAACAACAAGAAGAUGCCGAAGACGGGGCUCCUGAAUUGUUUAUGAUGCACGCCGGCCACACCGCGGGAGUCACCGACUUGCUGUGGUGUCCCUACCGUCCGUGGACGUUGGCAUCAGUGGCUGAUGACAACGUUGUCCACUUGUGGCAAGUGGGCCAAAAAAUCCUUAACGAGGGCAGCGACGACGCCGUUGCCGAUGAUGAACUAGAAUAA